AUAAUCAAACAUUAAAGUAGAUAGAGGUGCUGUGUUCUUUUUUUAGCAUUUCCCUGUGAGCCCUCUGAAGUAAAGGACCAUAGCGUGAUACCCGCGAAUCUGUGUUCAGCCAACAAACCUGAGAUUACCUAUAUAGAUAUAUCUACUUAUUAUAAUUCCUGCUGAAAAAGAAAUUCAGUUACCACCUUCCGGUGAGAAGACUUGGAUGAAUUGACAUCACAGAGAAGGAAGACCGGAAGCCAUUGUUAUAUGGUGGUACAAUGUAUCAGCUGUUCUAUCACUUCAUACAUAUCGAGAUUGCAGAUAAGAUAUUACCUCAUCAGAAUUCAUAACUUGAGCAAUAUGUUCUCUUUGACAUUCAAUUUUAUUACUGAUAACCCUGUUACUGUAAAUUCAUUCAUCUUCCUCCAAAGAUGUACAAAUGUUAAAUUCUUCAUUGCUAUUUUAGCUCACCUGAGUCGAUGGCGAGUUUUUCUGAUCAAAAUGUGUCCGUUGUCCAUCGUCGUUGUUUGCAUUCUCCUCAUCAUAAACUUUCCUCAUUUUCAUAUUCUUUUCCAGAACCACUGGGCAAAUUUCAACCAAACUUGGCACAGAGCACCUUUGGGUGAAGGGGAUUUAUAUUUUUAAAAUGAAGGGCCGUGCCCCUUCAAAAAUGCAAAAAUAUGAUGGGUAAUUUUAAAAUCUUCUCAAGAACCACUGGGCCUGAAGAAAUAAAAUUCAUAUGAAAGCCUAUUGACAUAUUAAAAUUUGUUAAAUGUGUGCCUCCCCCCCACCCUCCCCAGGGAUAGCAUGGUGCACAAAACGGGAUGAAAAAAAAUACAUGCAAAUAUAUAGGGAAAUUUUUUAAUGUCUUCUGAAGAGGCACUGAUCAGAAAAGUACAGAUUUACAUCAAAGGUUUCUGAUAUAGUGCAGAUUAAAAUUUGUUAAAAUCAUAGCCCCGAGGGGUUGGAUGGGUCCACAAUAGGGGGUAAAAGUUUCACAUACAAAUAUAAUUCGGAUAUUUUUGAAGAUCUUCUGAAGAACAACCGUACCAGAUAUGUUUAUGUUUACAUGAAAGUUUCCGGACAUAGUGCAGAUUGAAGUUUGUAAAAAUCAUGGCCCCUGGGUGUAGGGUGGGGCCACAAUAUGGGAACAACGAUUUACGUGGGGAAAAAAUGGACAAAUCUUCUAAAGAACCACUGAGCAAAAAAAGUUUCCAAAACAUUUCUUUUAGUGAUGUAACCAGUGAAAAUAGACUUUUCUUCUAUUCUUCUAGCUGCCAACCCCCCCCCCCCCCCCUCCACUGCAGGGGAUCAAAGUUUUGAAUACAAAUAUACACUGGACCAGAAAAGUUUACAUUUACAUGUAAGCUUUCUGACAUAGCACUGAUUCAAAAUCUCCCAGGGGCUGGGGUGGGUUAAGGUAGGAGCCACAAUAGGGAUUAAAGUUUUACAUUCGAAUAUGUAGGGGAAAUCAUUCUGAGAAUUUCACUUUUUAAAUGGCAUAAAUAGUAGGUUUAUCUCUUUUUGAUGCGGCAUAAACCUGUAGCAUUUGGCAUACACCUGACCAAAACUCCUUGCAGGGAAUGCACCACAUUUCUCUCCCCUCAAAAUUCAACCAUACUUUUCUGUUCAGCCACUGUGGUUUGAAUUCACGUUUUUUUUGUUUUUUGUUUUUUUUUCAUAUAGCUUGCGUUUUUCUUGUUCUGAUUUUUUUGUUUGUUUGACACCAUUUGGUUUAAUAACGGGCUUUGUGCCAUCAAAAUAUUUUAACUGAUUUGUUGACCUUCACCUCAAAUUAUAUUUGCUAAGUCAGAUGUAUAUUAUUUUCUUUUAACAUUCUUGCAAUAUUUGAAUAUUUCCGAAAUAAAGAAAAAAGGACAACUCUUGUUAUAUUGUUAGGGAAAAUUUCAAUUUAAAAAUCGAUCCCAAUAAAAUUCAUCAAUGCAGAUAAAAAAAAAACAUCGACAUUUAAAGACAUUCGAAUCAUACACUGAACAAUUUGUCUAGAACACGUCAUAAUCUUCAAACCACUUACACACUAAUAUGUCGUAUAUUUUAAAAUCAAUGGGAGCACAGCGAUUUUUUUCUACCCACUGGUACUGGUACCGGUACCCGUUCAGUUGGGAAAAAUAGCGUCAAAAUGGAACAAAUUGGGAAUUUUCUAACAAUGUAUCGGCAAAUGAUUUCAACUAAAAGAAAAGAAAAAAGAGAACAAAACAAGAAGUAAUCAUGUCUUUACAAACUUUUUUACGCUAAUAUUUGCUGUUGUGAGAUAUAAGGAAUCAUCAUAGGCUCAUUUUAGAAUUGUCGUAGUUCUACAAAACACGCGCACUGCCAUGAUCUGUACUUUCGAUUUAAUACCGGAAGUGGACAUUUUAGUUAACUUGUACAACGUUUCAGACUAAGUAAAUUACGAUUUUUCGGCAAGUGAAUUGGGAAAUUUUAGUCUCAAAAUUGGGAAAAAGCAAUGUUUUUUGGCAUUGGGAAUGGUACCGUUUAUCGGUACCAGUUAUAUAAGGAAAAAAAUCGCUGGAGCACAAUCCAGGUCCCAAAAUAGAUUUUGACGAUUGUAAGGGAAAAUAUUUAUUUUAAGUGCAUUAUCACACACGUACCAUAAUCAUUUCUUUGUUUCUUGGAAUUUGGCAUCUAGACAAUUCGGGAUAUCUUAUUUGCACAUGACAUGGUACAACCUCAUUUGGAAUAGCCGCAGUGUAUCGGUUAAAUUCUGAGACUGGAAAAUCUUUAAAUAUGGGUUAAGGUGACUCGGGUGAGCAAUGUGGCUCAUGGACCUCUUGUUUUAAAUAUCCUACAGUUGCCAUAUCACUGCAUAGAUGAAUUCAAUACUUUAGUUUUUCCACAGGUGAUAGCAGUUAGAUUUAUCAACACCACAAGAUAACAGCUAGAUAUACCAACAUCACAAGGAGAGAAGAAUGGAAGACAUGUGGUGGUUCAUACUGGACUUUCAUGAGGUCUUGCAGAACUGAGAAAAGGAAGUCGACGUCAAAGUGAUUGUAUUCCUAAAGACCCCGACCCUCCACAUCAUGGACACACUAGGACUCAGUACACAGUGUAAACUACGACAGUGUUCUCAAUGUCAGAGGGACACUGAAUUUUACUGUAACACAUGUAAACGUGAUCUGUGUUUACAGUGUAAAAAGAAACAUGUUACAGAAAAUAACACCAAAUAUCACAAUGUAGUGUUCUAUAUAACUCGUCAUACGGAGAGGAGUUUUACCACACAGUGUAAACUACGACAGUGUUCUCAAUGUCAGGGGGACACUGAGUUCUACUGUAACACAUGUAAACGUGAUCUGUGUUUACAUUGUAAAGAGAAACAUGUCAUUGAUCUAGAUACCAUAUACCAUGAUGUUGUGAUUUACCGUGAGAAGUUCAAUUGUUUCCCUUUACGAGAGACUUGUGUCAGACAUCCAAAGAGAAAAUACAGAAUGUUCUGUGAUCAGUGUAACUAUUCCGUGUGUAAGCGCUGUACAGAUCACAGAACACACGCGCUGUUGGAUCUUAGAACAGCCUAUCAAACAAAGCGACAACAACACAGAGAAAUCAUUGACAACAUCAGAAGUGAGACUCUCUAUAACUGUCGUGUUCUCCUGGCAGGAAUCCAAACUGAUAUCCAAACUUGUCCCCCACAAAUCUGUCACCGUCAAUCACAGAUGUCAACAAAAGCCCAGAGACUGAAGGAUCUGAUUGACACUGUGGUAUGUGAUGUUAAAUUAUUGAUUGAUAGAAUACAACAACAGAAGAGAAAAAUGAACAGACAACUUGUUCACCUACAGAACUAUGAAGACAGAUAUGAACAAUCAGGAAACAGAGCGGUACAAUUCCUCUUGUUUAUAAAGACCAGUCGUGUCCCCCAGAUAAAGAACAGUCCUAGUCAGUUAUUGAGUGUCAUCACAGAAAUCCAAAUGACAACAGGAAAACGACAAGUAGGAAUAGACGAGUGUGUGAAACUGAUGUCCACACCUGUAUUACACACGUCUGUCUGUGUGACAGGUGUUAGUGAGGUGUUACACAUAUCUCGUGUGAUGUCAGACCGCGUCUGGGUCUCUGAUUUUAACAAUCUCAUCUUGACAGACACAACAGGAGACACUAUACACCGUGUGACAGAUAUAACACCAUGGCAUGGAGGAGGACUACACACAGUGAACAGUUCUGGUGAACUGAUUUAUAUAGACAGUGAACGUAACAUCAACAAACUGUGUACAGACAAUAAAACAGUCACCAGACUGAUACAGAGACCAUCGCCAUGGAUACCACAUUGUGUGUACUGCUCCCCGUCCACUGGAGAUUUGAUGGUGGGGAUGUAUAACACUGAUACAGAGACAGGCAAGGUAACCCGGUACAACAGUAGUGGUCAACACAUCCUGACCAUAGAACACGACAACACAGGUCACACACUGUAUAGUUAUCCUCUCUAUAUCACAGAGAACAAUAACGGUGAUAUCAUUGUGUCUGACUGGAUUAUUAAUUAUAACCAUGGUGCUGUAGUGGUGACAGAGCGCGGGGGGAGACAUCGAUUAUCCUACACAGAACCUCCAUCAGGAUCAUCACUAGUACCACUAGGAAUCUGUACAGACGCGCUGUCACACAUCCUGGUGUGUGAUCUAAACACCCACACAGUACAGAUGAUUGACAAGGACGGUCACUUCCUGUCUCUGUUACUGAUACCACACGGGAUAAACUAUCCAUACAGCCUGAACUAUGAUGAUAAAACUCACCUUCUCUGGGUCGGAUCAUGGGACACCAACACAGUGUCUGUAUAUAGAUAUCUACAGAGGAGGUACUCUCUGACUGACUAUCCAGACAGUGAAGAAGAGGACACCAGAGAAGAAUCUGACACUGAUGACGAGGACUCCAGGGGGAAAUCUGACACUGAUGACGAGGACGCCAGGGGGAAAUCUUACUCUGAUGACGAGGACACCAGGGGAAAAUCUGACUCUGAUGACGAGGACGCAUGGGGAAAAUUUGACACUGAAGAUAAGGAUGCUAGCGGAAAAUCUGACGCUGAUGACAAGGACGCCAGGGGAAAAUCUGACACUGAUGACGAGGACGCCAGGGGAAAAUCUGACACUGAUGACGAGGACGCCAGGGGGAAAUCUUACUCUGAUGACGAGGACACCAGGGGAAAAUCUGACUCUGAUGACGAGGACGCCAGGGGAAAAUCUGAUGACGAGGACGCCAGGGGAAAAUCUGAUGACGAGGAUGCCAGUGGAAAAUCUUACUCUGAUGACGAGAGUACCAGCAAAAAAUCUUACCCUAAAUCAUUUUGGCAGCGGUGUAUUCUGGUGUAGAUAUGACAUACGAUUACCAUUACCCUUCCUUCAGCCAUUAAAUCUGAUCUACAUUUCCUCAUCUAGUGAUGAUGGACAUUGAUUACAUUUCUCCAUCUACUGAUGGUGGACACUGAUUACAUUCCCUCAUCUAGUGAUGGAGGACAUUGAUUACAUUUCCUCAUCUAGUGAUGGUGGACAUUGAUUACAAUUUCCUCAUCUAGUGAUGGUUGACAUUGAUUACAUUUCCUCAUCUAGUGAUGGUGGACAUUGAUUGCAUUUCCUCAUCUAGUGAUGGUGGACACUGAUUACAUUUCCUCAUCUAGUAAUGAUGGACAUCAAUUACAUUUUCUCAACUAGUGAUGGUGGACAUCGAUUACAUUUUCUCAUCUAGUGAUGUUGAAUAUUGAUUACAUUUCCUCAUCUAGUGAAGGUGGACACUGAUUACAUUUCUGCAUCUAGUGAUGGUGGACACUGAUUACAUUUCCUCAUCUAGUAAUGGUGGACAUUGAUUACAUUUCCUCAUCUAGUGAUGGUGGACACUGAUUACAUUUUCAUUUCAACUCGAUGUGAUGUAUGGUCAUUUUUAAGAAAUAUUAAAUCAUAUAUUUUCAUAGAA